UUCUUUAUUUUUGGAAAGCGAAGAAUUUGUAUUUUUUUCAGGCCUGAUUGUCGUUUAAUUUUGAUAGUAUUACUUUUUUUUUUUUUUUUGAGAUUAACGAAGAUGAACUAUCUAUAUAUAAAGCUAAAUUGUUUAUUUUGAUAAAAUACAGAGACUUACUAAUAAUUUACCCUGUAAAAAAUUAGAAAUUCUUAGACUCAAAUGUAUGGUUUCAUUCGUCUUCCUACCUAAUAUUGUUUUCUUUUGGUUCCUUAAAUUUUCCUAGAAGUGGAACUAUUAGGAUUUAAAUUAUUGACUGCUAUGGUGUAGAUCAGUUUGGUUUUGGUUUUAGAAUUAUUAGGAUUUAAAAUAUAGAACUGAAAGUUUUACCUCAGUUCUGAUUGGAAAACAUUUUUAUUUGAAUGUGAUAUGAAAUGAUUCUUAAAAUAAUGAAAUUUCAUAUUCAUUCUAAAAAGCUAUUUAUAUGCGAAAUGGUAUAAUUUAAAAUAUAUAAUGUAUUAAAUUAUAUUAAAAUUAAAUUCAAAUUCUCAAUUGCAAGUAUAUGUAUCCAAGCGUUGCAUAAGAUAUUUUUUCUGUUUUAUUUCCAGUUUCAAACCGAACCAUGCCCGGUCUACUUCUUAUAGUAGGAGUAUCUUAUAUCAACAAACAUAUGUUUUUCCUUUUAUUUAUUUUUAAGAUAAAACCGUGCAUCCACAAUUCUUUGUUAGUGUGGCAAUCUUGGAUUGAUGAAGUAUAUAAACAUUUCCUAUCAGCUCAAUGUGAAUGUAGGAAAAAAUGGAUAUUUUUUAAAAAAAAUAUUUCAACUUCCGUGUAUAAAUUGCAAGCAGUAGACAAUUAGGUUACUGGAGUAAGUCAGUCAACUAAAAGUCUAGAAAGAAAAGUCUUUCUUUUACUGGUUACAUUUCUAUUUCCAUACUUUGCAUUUCAGAAUCUUUACCAAGAAAAUCCCAAGCAUCAGCCUGCCUGCUCAAAUUAAGCUUCUGGUCUUCUUCUGAUAAAGUUUCACGGUAUCAGAGCCAAAAACUUGAUUCACCUGUGAGUGGCAGAUUUGCCUCCUUGCUUUGGAGACAUUUUGGAAAUCAAUUGGUCUCACCACCUAGCCAUCCUCCUCGCCAGCUUUCGAUCGGCUUCCUGAUGAAGCGCUGCCGUCAAAAUCGGUCCCACGCGCCGCUCAAAGCAAUCUGUCUCCGGUGCACAUGCCGGCGCGUGAACUGUCCUCCGACGACCGUUUCAUGCCGGCGACUCUUCCUCCAGCAUCGUCCGAUGCCGGCGACUCCAGCCUAGUAGGUCCAGUCACCUGCCCAGCCCGUCUUCACAUGCCCCUUGUGAACAAUAACAUCAGAUUUACUGUUCAAAGGCUCAGAUCUUCCUUAUUUGGCAGAUUCAAGUCCCUAUUCAGUCCCUUGUUGUUCCAGAAUCUCUCUCCUCAGGUCUGAGAAGCAGAACACCCUCAAUACAGGUGCUUUUAAUGACUCACCUCCAGUUCCAUCAUCACCUACUUCGGUCAUGCCUUCAAUAGCAACAGCUACUCCUCCUCUUGCUCUUUGGAAAGAGAAUACAUCUUGUAAGAUGGAAGUUGUUGGAGAAGCUAUUCUCUCUGCCCUUCUUGAGCCUUUGGUUAAAAAAUUGACCUCCUCAGAAUUGCUCAAGUUUGCAAGGAAAAAGCAUAUGGAUGAUGAGGUUAGGAAGUGGGAGUCAAAGUUGUUGGAAAUUCACGCAGUGGUCAAUGAUGCAGAAGAGAAGCAAAUAACAAACCCAGCUGCAGAAAUAUGGCUAAGCAAGCUCCGAAGCUUGGCUUAUGAUCUGGAGGAUAUACUGGAUGAAUUUGAAACAAAAGCUUUGCGCAGCAAGCUAAAGGCAAAAUCUCAAGCGAGCACUGUUACAGCACAGAAGCAAAUCCCAGUCAAUUGCUAUAGUCUGAAGUCAGGUGGAGCUGUAUUUAAUAUGAAGAAAGGGUACAAGCUAAGGGAGAUAACAACAAGAUUGCAAGAACUUGCAACAGAGAAAAAUGACUUGCACUUGAGAACAAGUGAGGAAGGAAGGUCCAACAAAGCAAAUGAAAGAGUGCCAACAACAUCCUUGUUGAAGGAAUGCAAUGUUUAUGGGAGGGAAAAGGAUAAGGAGGCUAUACUUCAAUUGUUAAUGAGUGAUGAAGCAAGUGAUUCUCGAUUCAUGGUGAUUCCCAUAAUUGGAAUGGGAGGUGUUGGUAAAACAACACUUGCUCAACUCAUUUACAAUGACAAGGGAGUGCAGUUUGGUUAUAAAUCAUGGGUUUGUGUUUCUAAUGAUUUUGACAUCCUCAAGAUAACCAAAACAAUUCUACAUUGUGAAAAUUGUGAAGCUAGUGACUUAAAUUCACUUCAAGUGCGAUUGAAGGAGAGGUUAUCUGGAAAGAGGUUUUUGAUUGUUCUAGAUGACGUUUGGAGUGAGAAGUAUGAGGAAUGGACUGCCCUUUGUAGUCCUUUCACUUCAGGCGCACCAGGAAGUAGAAUCAUUGUCACAACUCGUAAUGAAGGAGUUGCAAAACUAGUGGGUUCUGUUGAUCCAUACCCAUUAAAGGAGCUGUCACAUGAUAAUUGUUUGUCUUUAUUCACCCAACAUGCCUUAGAAGCAAAAAAUUUUGAUGCGCACCCCGAGUUGGCAAAGAUUGGACAAGCAAUAGUUAAGAAGUGCAAGGGAUUGCCUUUGGCAGCGAAAACUCUUGGAGGCCUCCUACGUGGGAAACAAAGUUUUAAAGAGUGGAAAUAUAUAUUGAAUAGUGAGAUAUGGGAUAUACCAGAAGAGAAAAGUGGCAUCCUUCCCGCUUUAAGAUUGAGCUACUAUCAUCUUCCCUCCUAUUUGAAGCGAUGUUUUGUGUAUUGUGCAAUUUUUCCAAAUGAUUAUGAAUUUGAUAAGAGUGAGUUAGCUUUAUUGUGGAUGGCAGAGGGCUUUUUGCAUCAGCCACAUAUGAAGGAUGUGGGUUACAAAUAUUUUGAUGACUUAUUAUCAAGAUCCUUCUUUCAACAAUCCAUGAAUGACAAAUCACGAUAUGUUAUGCAUGAUUUAGUGAGUGAUCUGGCUCGAUUUGUUGGAAGAGAACUAUGUUUUCAGUUGGAUGAUAAGUCAGAAGCUGAAACAUCAUAUGCAGAGAUUCGCCAUUCAUCAUUCAGUAGUCAUUACAAUGAUAUUGCACAAAGGUUUGAAGUUUUCUACAAAAUGAAGAAUUUGUGAACCUUCUUAGCAUUACCUUAUGAAUUAUAUGGGAAUUUAAGUAGUAAGGUUUUGGAUGAUUUGGUGCCAAAACUAAAAUGCUUAAGGGUUUUGUCACUGGCAAGCUAUUUUCUGCUAGAGUUGCCUAGCUCUAUUGGUGCACUGAUUCAUCUUCGGUACCUUGAUUUGUCUGACUGGUAUUGAAAGGUUACCUGAGUCAAUAACUGAACUCUUCAACUUGCAGACAUUAAGACUGUAUGGGUGCGAGAGACUUAUUAAGUGUCCUGUAGGUAUCAGCAACCUGGUCAACUUAUGUUACCUUGAUAUUAGCGGUACAGAUAGUUUGCAAGAGAUGCCACCACAUAUGGGUAAUUUGAAAAAUCUCUCUGUGCUGCCUAAGUUUAUUGUUGGAGAAGGCAACGGAGUUGAGAUAAAAGAGUUGAUGAAAUUGCCAGAUCUACAAGGGCAUCUUCAUAUCUUGGGGCUGCAUAAUGUGGAAAAUGUUCAAAAUCUUGCUAUGCCAAUUUGAAGGGAAAACAGGGCCUUCGUGUAUUAACCUAAGAAUGGGAUUAUUUCAGUGGCUCAAGAAAUGAAAGAUAUGAAUUGCAAGUCCUGAACACACUGCGGCCCCAUCAAAAUCUGGAGAAGCUCUAUAUUGACGGCUAUGGUGGUACGAAAUUUUCAUUGUGGAUAGAGGAUUCUGCAUUCAUUAACAUUGUAGAGUUAAAUCUUCGAAAUUGUCAUAGAAUCACAUCUCUACCACCGCUCAGACAACUGCCCUUACUUCGGUACUUAAGGAUACAAGGAAUGGAUGAAGUAAAGACAGUGGGUGUUGAGUUUUGUGGCAAUGGAUCUCUUUUCAAGGCUUUUCCAUCAUUAGAGACUCUAUACAUAGGGAACAUGCCAGAGUGGGAGCAAUGGUCUUGGUCUAUCGGUGACCAUGAAGAGACUGCAGGAAAAUAUCCAAAUCUUCGAGAGCUUACGAUAAGCAAUUGUCCCAAGUUGAUUGGAAAAUUACCCAGGUGCCUUCUUUCUCUUGAAACACUUUGUAUAGACUGUUGUCCACGCUUAGAAGAUUUACCUGAAAUGCUUCCGGCUCUUUGUGAACUGGAUGUUGAUGAUUGUCGAGAGGUGGUUUUUAAAAGUGUGUCUGAUCUCACCUCACUCACUACCUUAAACAUUCAGGGAAUUCCAGGCCUUAUAAGUUUAGAUGACGUGCUUAUACAGGCAUUGGUAUCACUUAAACAUCUGAAGAUUGUAUGUUGUGAGGAACUGAGAUACUUGUGGAGAAACGGAACCAGUUUAAGCAAAUUGUCUUCUUUGAACAGCUUAGAAAUUUCUGGAUGCCCACAGCUAGUAUCAUUGGUGGGGGAGAAGAUGGACUUCUACCUUUCCAGUCUUGAAACUUUGCAGAUAGGAACUUGUGAUAACCUGGAGCAGCUACCACAUGAUAUGGGCGGCCUCACAUCUCUAAAGAACUUGGAGACUGAUGAUUGCAAAUCACUUGUGUCAUUGUUAAAGAGAGAGGAAGUGCUUUUACCUUGCAAUCUUGAAAAUUUGCUGAUAACGAGAUGUUGGAACCUGGAGAAGCUUCCAAAUAACCUUGGCAACCUUGCAUGUCUCAAAAAUUUUGAAAUCUAUGAUUGCCCAAAACUUGUGUCAAUUCCAGCUACAGGUUUGCCAUCUAAUCUUAAAAGUCUUAAGAUUUUUGCCUGUAAUUCUCUGGAGUACCUGCCUGAGACAUCUCAUCUUGAGAAGUUUGAAAUCUCCAAUUCUCUGGGUUACCUCACAUCUCUAAGUCCCUUUACUCCCCGCUUUCAAAACUGGGAUUCACAGAAGAGACUUGAAAUUUACAAUUGUUCGAAGCAGUUAUUAGAGUGCCUGCACGGGAAGAUUGUUCAUCUUACUUAUUUGGAAUUGAUAGACUGUCCUGCGUUGGAGUCAUUCUCUGACAGGGGAUUAUACAUCCCCACUCUUACUUCUUUUACCAUUCAGAAUUGUGAGAAUUUGAAGUUUCUGCCUAAUCAGAUGCAAAUCCUCACCUCUCUUCAGAACUUAGAGAUUAAUAACUGUGGUAUAUAUUCCUUUCCAGAAGAAGGUUUGCCCUCAAAUCUAAUCAAACUUUACAUCAAUGAUUGCAAUAAUCUGACACAACCAAUGUCAGAGUGGGGACUCCAUGCACUUACAUCUCUUAGAGAAUUUGAAAUCUAUGGUUAUUGUACAGAAGUGGUUGCUUUUCCAGAUGAUGAGGGACUGUUGCUUCCUGCUUCUCUAAUCCAUCUUUGCAUUGGAAGAUUCAAGAAUUUGAAAUCCAUAUCCAGAGGCCUUCACAAUCUAUCCUUUCUGAGAACAUUAUACAUUUCUAACUGCCCUAAACUCCGCUUCUUGCCAAAGGAAGGUUUCCCUGCCACACUUGAAGACAUAGAAAUCCGCAGCUGCCAUCUUCUGAGUAAAAGGCUAAAUCAGAAAGGAGACUGUUGGCCCCUAAUUGUCCAUAUUCCCCAUGUUGAGGUAGAUGGUGCUCGCAUCCAUGCAAUGAAAAGGGAAGAAGAAAAUCACUUGUUGCAUUUCAAUUGGCUUUGAUGAACUAUGGAUGAUUAGCAGUUACUGGCACCAAAAAAUGUGAAGCACUCGGCGUUUCUUGCUUAAGUUGCAAAAUGAAGUUCUGUGUCAAAGUUGUGGUCACCUGAUAAAGAUCGAACUCCUUUGGGGUUGAAAGGCAUACAAAUCCACACCACAACCUCAUCGAGUAGUCAUGAGAAUUGCAUAUUUGGACAUUUCCUAAGCUUCUUGUCUGGAUAAGCUGAUGUAUUUCAUCAAGUUAGGAAGGAAGAAAAGGGAAGUUGGUGAUCUUCUGUAAUCAAACAUUCAACUCUUUACAUGGCAAGUUUGACAUUUCUAAGCAAUGAAGACUGGCUUUAAUGAGGUAGAUGUAAGCAUAAAUCUCUUUUGUUCUGAAUGCUUGACCGCUAUCCUUGUGCUUGAGAAUUAUGUUCUAUGUAGUGACAUAGGCACCGUGUGGCAUUGUUUUGUCUAAACAAGUAUACUAUGAUGUCCCAGAGACAGAUUCCAAGGAAAGGAAAUGAUACUGCCAUUGAUUAGAUGGAUAAUAUUUCACUGAAUCUUAACCAAGCUUACAAGGUGACAACUAUCAUCGGAGUGCUGUCUUCUAUUUGCCCAUUUUUUAUUCUGCAAUAAGCUUUCGGUCCAAAGGUAAAUACCAUUUUCUCUACAAAAUUUAAGCUAAAUUUCGUCAUUAACUUUUUGGCAAGAGCAAGAGAAGUGACAUGAUUGGCUAGUCGGCUACACAAACACAGCAGAAAUCAAUUGUACUUUUGCCAAUCUAUUUUAAGAACUCUCAGAUGGUAUUAGGUUAGUUUGGUAUAAACUUUUUUGUAACAAAGCUCAACGUUCAUGUUUGAUAUGCAAAUACAUUUUGAUUUUCA